GAAUUGCUCGCUCGCGCCGCACGUACGUACGUACGUGCGCGCGCCCCAUAUUGCAAAAUGAAAAUAAAAAUCGAUCAUCAGCAAAGAAAAUGGCGCAGCUAGUCAGAAGAACGAAGGGCCAAAUCUUCGUUGUUCAACAAUUUUCACUAUUUCUUGCCAUAUUAAGUUCAUUAUUACAGAGUACAUUAUGUCUAUAUCAAGAAGGUCGAAUAGAAACAACCGAUAAUUGGAUAUUUCUAGCAAGAUUUUGUUUUCUGUCAGACAUUGGAAGGUUACGAUUUGAAGUUCAGUAUCCUCAGUCUUUUGAAACCCAGAACCUAAUUCUGUAUUACGAUGAGCCGGGUCAGUGGCCUUCAGUUUACCCAUUAGAUACUGCACCUCUGCAGACAUGCUUAGAGAAAGAAUCCGUCUUGAAACCCGAGAACCAUCAAGUCGUGAACCUUACCACGUCCUACGUUUGGUCGGGGUGCGCUCGGCUGGAAACAGACGUUGACAGUGACUGGAGUAGGCUGUUCGGCGACUCUCAUUUCUUUGACUGCAAGGGUGGGCGGAGCUUUCGCUCUGUGCGGGACAGAUGGUGGUACAUCGUCCUCUCCAACUGCAAUGCUGGCCAUGGGUUGCUGAUGAACUACAAACUGACAAUGACCAAUGGCGAGGACUGGUGGUACAAGCACUUCUCAGCCGAUCAGUUUGGUAUCCUAGCAACAGACAUAGCAUUCCUAUUCAUGUUUAUGGCCCUCUUUGGAUGCUCUAUAUAUGUCGCAAUGCUCCUGGCUUCAAGGUCCCUCUUUCACACCACCUAUAAGAUGUACAUGUGGGUUCUCUUCUUAUACAUACUUAGCCUUGUAUUCUACAUCAUCUUCUAUGCUGACUAUGCAAACGAUGGGACGGAGGUCCGAGGGUUAAAGUUCACUGCCAGGGCGUUCCAGUCGGGUGCCGACGCCCUCUUUCUACUCCAGCUGAUCCUCAUGGCAAAGGGAUAUACCAUUACCAGAGGACGGCUCAGCCAUUCUGGCACGGUAAAAAUCACCAUUCUAAUGGCUAUAUACUGUAUGCUGUAUGCAGCCUUAUUCAUCUAUGAAGUAUAUGCCUUUGAUGCGGGAGAGGUGCUAUACCUGUACGAGAGCCCUGCAGGGUACGUCCUAGUAGCAUUGAGGGCGCUCACCUGGCUGUGGUUCAUCUACGCCAUCUUCUUCACAUUGAAGCACUAUCCUGAAAAGAAUUCUUUCUACAUUCCCUUCUUCUUCUGCUAUACGAUGUGGUUUCUUGCAAUGCCUGUAAUGAACAUUAUAGCAUCAUUAGCCAUGCCUAAAUGGUGGAGAGAGAAGGCUAUGAAUGCUAUUGAACUCAUCAUCGCCUUUGUGGCACAGCUAGGCUUUUUGAUUCUGACCAGACCGUCGGCAGCCAAUCACAACUUCCCCUACCACGUCCGCACCUCGCAAGUCGGUGUCAUCGACACCCCGGACGGCCAGGUUCAGAAUAACCCCGAUGCAUACGAGCACCAUGGCUAUGCCACCAACUUAUUCAACACCGAUCAUCAACCAAACUUUACAGAGCUGUUCACCGUAGGGCAGUCCAACAAGUAUGCGCAGAACCAGCCCAACGGUAACGCAAAUGGAAUGGUCAAUGGUGCCUCUAACGGAGUCAACCACAAUCCACAACGUGAUGUAUCCGGUAUGUUCAUGGCCAAGUAGAUGAGGAGCCAGCCAUGUGAAAUGAUGCCUUCACACACACACAAAAAUGAGUUUAAACAUGAUCAAAGUAGGUAGGGAAGUUGAAAGCAAUCAAAUUGCAUGUACAUCAGCACCGUCAACACACCAGGGCUCCAUAACAUAACGCUUAAAAAUUGAUCGUGGUGCUCGUUUAUACGAUUGAUUUCAUUGGUUGUUUGUGUAUGAUCAGGCGUAACAUUCAGCCCAUGAUCGAUCGCUAAGCUUUUUGUUUCAGGACCUUUGUUUCCUUUAGAUUUGUUUUUACAAAUUCUUUAAUUAUUUCAAUCGAAAUCGACAAAGACUUCACAAUGUUUCAUUAUAGUCUGCUGUGCAAACCCUUCACUCGAGUAAAGGGUCUGAAUUGCAGCCUACUCAUGCCUUGUGUACUGAAGGCCCUCGAAACAGCAAGUUUUGUACGUGCUAGUCUUUGCGUGGAGACCCACUUGUUGAUCAAAGUUUCAAUAAGAGUUUGUGCCUGCAGACUAGUUUCAUCAUGCAUUUGCGAUUUUCUCGAUAUAUUGUCUUGUAGAUAGGUUCCAACCUUGAGUACUUUGUGCAUUUUAAAUGCAACUAAGUACCGUAUCCAUUCCACGUGAUAAAUCUUAGAUUUAGGUUUAAAUUACUUUUAAGUUUAAGAAUGACUGUGCAUCAAGUGUUGCCUUUGCAUUGAUAGACAUACAUGGCCUAAUCUUUUGUGGUGAUAGCAAUUUUAUUAUCACUUAUGGGGUGUUGCAAAAAACUUGCAAUUGAUGGCAAGUCAAUUUAGGUCCCAAAAUCAUGCAUUUCAUUGAAAAUUUGGAAUUGAUUGAUGGUCUGCUUCUUACAUCAAGAAGUAUAAAUCAGUGUACUGUUCAUUAAAAUUGAUCUAUCAAUAGUAAUUUUGCUUAACUGAAAUUUGCAAUUGAUUGCAAAUAUUUUCUUGCAACACCCCCUCGAUAGUUGCUCUGCAUUGCCUACCAGAGGGGAGAGGAAAUCUGGUCUUUCAUAUUGAGAAGUACUUAAAUUUAUAUAUUUGUAAAAAGACAAAAAGUCUUACUUUGCUGUGGUAGAUGCUCCUUUAGAUUAUUUUUAUUGUCACUUUUAAUAUUAUAAGUGUUUGCCAGCCGUGCUGACAUUUACAGAUAAAUUGGACUAAUUGGGUAAAAAUAUUGUUAUAUCCUUGACAUUUCCAUGUUUUCUAUAUUUGAUAGAACAGUAAAAAUCAGAAGUCGAAAAAAAAAGGUACCCCGGUAGACCAAAAACUGAAUGCUCGCGAGAUCAGCAUCAGUCCUGGAUUCUAUUUUCCAGAAUUAUUCCAAGUAAAAUGUUAUUACUGAUAUCUUGACAGUGAAUGAAUAGAUGUUUUCAACUUGAUCACAUUCAUGAAAAUCUAUAAAAAAACAAUGUGUUGCAUCUGAAACUGGACAGACUUUUUUUCCGCCCAUUGAUUGUUGCACAUUGCAUCUGAAAGUAAGGAUCAAAUAUAAACUCGACCAUCACCAAAAGGGUGAUUGUCCACUGCUAUGCUUGAUUGUACUUUUGAAUAGAAAUUUAGAUGUAGUUCACAUGUGUUUUGAAGCUGAUACUGUGCAAGUUUAGUACACACCAAAGACCACUGUUUACCUCUAAUGAGCAAUUUUCGGAUGGUGCACAAACAAUUUACGAAGGAUAUGAAUGUCCACAAUUCUGAGAUUUUUUUUUUCCGGACGUCUUGGGAGUGAAGAGUUGUAAACUACUCAAGUCUAUUUUGUGUGGAAUUUUCACAUAAUAAGGUGUGUACUGUGGCUGAACCAGGCCAGUCAGCAUUUACAAACAAAAUACCUAUUACAAAAAUUUAUAAGCAAAGAUCACGCAAGUUGAUUGAGAACAAGGAAAACCUUACAAUUUGGGGGAAAAUAAUUAUGCAAACUUCAAAACUUCAGUGCUUGCUUAACCCUAUCUAAGACUGAAUUGCACAUGGAUAUACAAUAUAUUGAAAGGUGUACAGCUUCAUAACUGGUAUUAUUUACCUAGUUAAAAAGUACACAUACAUCAAAGACCGAAUGCAAUAAACAUACAUGUACUAAAGCAUAAUUAUAAACAUUUGGGGGGUGUUUCACAAAGAUUUAAGUAUGACUUAAGUCGCACUUAAAUGCCGACGCGUAGAUGAUAUGCAAGUCGCGAUCUUAUUGAUAGAUACGCAUUAGUGCGCGUCCUCGUGACACGAUCUGACCAAUGCAGUCAAACCUUUCAUAUCGUACGCAACUAGGCAUUUAAGUGCGACUCUAAGUCAUACUUAAAUCUUUGUAAAACACCCCCAGGUUUGGUUAUCUUUUGUGGCAUAAAAUGGGACUUUUAGUACACUGCAAAAACUCCGGUGUUGAUUUAACACCAGCCCGGAAUUUAUAUAUGUCUACACCAGAGAAGUAUUGAAACAACACCAGUUUGGAAUCAAACCGAUGCUGUUUUAAUACUAAUUGGUGUUGUAUAAACACCUAUCUGGUGUUAGACCAAAACGUAACUGGUGUUUAACACUCCUCUGGUGUGGACAUAUAUAGAUUCCGGGCUGGUGCUAAAUCAACACCAGAGUUUUUGCAGUGUAGGUUUUAAAAUUCGCACCUUUUGCAAGUUGUUUAUGUGCCCCUUGAAAAUCGUGCUUCAUCUAUAUUUAUAUUUUUAGUGCAUUCUACAUGCAUUGUAUCACGAGAGUAUAUGUCUGUUGGAAUUCACUAUUAGGUAUAUUAUACUUAUCAUCUUUCAUUUAUGAUUGGUACAUUGCAUCAUUAAUCUUUCCUUGCAUAGAUAUGUGAGAUUAAUUGUUUUGCACACAAUCUUAUACUGCUUAUUGUAUUGUAAUUUUGUUUCACCUAAGUAGAAUUAUUAUGCACUAUUUCUCAGAGAGAAAAGAUGAAAGAAAAUGAAUGGUGUGCCAACACAGUACAUCAUACGAUGUGUGGUGUUACGUCUAUAUUUACAUAUAUAUCACCUUGAAAAUCAAUACCUAAAGUUGACCUUGAUAAAGAAUUUAAAGUACUGUAUAAAAGAAAUAACUAGAACAAUAAAUGAUAUUAUAAAUGUAAUGUACAAUGGCAUUCCCAACAACAUGCAUGUAGGCUGUAGGGGAUAGAGGCUUAAAUAUGUUUUUUUUUUUCACCUUGAAUGCUUUUCCAUCCAUUCUUAGCACCAAUUUGUGUUCAAAUGAUUGUAUUUGUAAAGUGAUGUAAACUUUCUAAAAUGUGAGGCUGACAAUAUCUAUAGUGGUUUUUUGCUUGUGUAAGUUGUGGUACAGCCUUUUAUCAUAGAUAAUAUACACACAACCACAGAUUAUGCUUGUAAUACCAAUGGUUGUAUUCGUAAAGUAAAAUAAACUUUUAAAAAAUGGGUAGCUGACAACUUUGUAGUUUGCUUGAGUGAAUCGAAACAAGUUAUGAUAAUGAUGAUAAUAUAUACAUUGUAGCAUUUAUGACGUGCUGAUUAUCUAGUUACAAAUUCAGUGGCAUACUAUAUGCUACCCUAGCUUUAGCUCCUGCUGCUAAAGGUGCUUGGUGCAUGUAAGGAAUAAAUGCUGCUAGGUACCCAUUCACUUCACCUGGGUCGAGUGCAGCACGAUGUGGAUCAAUUUCUUGCUGAAGGAAAUCACGCCGUGGCUGGAAUUCCAAGCCACGUCCCUCUUUUUCAAAGUCCGGAGAGUCGUCCACUGGGCCAUGAUGUUCCAGGCUUGUGGUACGUCAUGUUUUAAUACAUACCAACAGAAUGUUUGAAUUUUCAGUCGUUCAUCCCCUUUGCUGACAGACCUGCCAACCAGUACGUUUUUGCAACCAAAAUACGGCAGUACGUUUUUUCUUUGAAAAAUACGUUUUUUGUUAAAAAAAAGAAAAAAUAAAUCGUAAUUUAUUGAGAAAAAUAAUCUCUUUAUGUCUCUAUUUCAUAAAACGUGCACAAAUAUGGUUAUUAGAUCAAUGUUAUUUCAGGUAACUUGUUUUUUUUUUCAAUCAUUUUGUUCAAACCAGGGUGAAGAUAUACACAUGUUUUAAUGUAUUUUUUUUCAUCUGCAAGAGCAGUGCGCAUUUUAGCUUGCAUGCAGCUUGAGCGCCGCGAUGAGCGAGUGCGCCAAGCAUUUUAUUAUGAAAUGCACUUUUUUGGGGAAAAAUACAGUUUUUUAAAUCACAGAAUACAGUUUUUCAUUCCCAGAGGUUGGCAGGUCUGUGCUGAUAUUGUGAUAAGAGAGUAUCAUAGAUUGUCAUACUGUAUAUUACUGUGUAUGUUUAAUCUCAUGCAAAAUGCUGAAAAAAAAUCAUAGAAAAAUAAUCUAAAAAUGCAACUAUUUUCACCUCUAACACCUUGAUAUUCUGUCUUCUGUUCUAUGUAAAUAUUCAUGUACAUACCAUCAUUCCAGAGUAAUUAUUAUUAUUGAGGAUAUUGUGAAUUAAUAUAUUUAUAGAAGUACACUUUGAGAGUUUGUUCUGCCUUGAAAUUAACAUUUUUUGACAUCUUGUACUUGUAGAUUGAUAAAGUACUAUCGAGAUGCAGAUAAUACC